AUGCUCGCCGUGGCAUCUAACCUGUUCGGCAAAACGUCCACCCUAUCGGCCUACACCGUCCACUCUAAUGGCCCAUCGCCCUCGGCGUCGUCUGUCAAUAUCCAUGGCCUGCCCAACUCUGGUCGCAACUCGCCAGCCCCAACGCAUGGCAAACCCUUCAACGUCGGCCUGUGGAAGGUCAUGCAGGCCACACACAAGACGACGGGGAAGGACGUCUCGGUGUGGGUCUUUGAGAAGCGUGUCCUCGACGGCAUCCGUAACGGCACGGCACGCGAGUGGGCGCUCGACCAGCUCAAAAAGGAGGCCACCUCUCUCUCGCGUCUCCGACACCCUGAUAUCCUGCACAUGGUCGAGCCCCUCGAGGACUCUCGCUCUGAGCUCACCUUUGUGACGGAAUACGUGACGUCGAGCCUCGCAAACGUCCUCGCUUCCGCCAAGAGUGGCAAGUCACGGGCAGGCGGCACCGAGAUUGAUCUCGACGAGGUCGAAAUCCAAAAGGGCACCCUGCAGAUCUCCAAGGGUCUCGCGUUCCUUCAUCAGCAGGCCAAGAGCGUUCAUCUCAACCUGUCGCCUGAUGCAAUUCUCGUCAACGCCAAGGGCGACUGGAAAUUGUCUGGCCUCAACCUCACCACGCCAUUGACGCAGCCCGAUGGCAGCCCUACAAAGUAUCAGUUCCCCGAGGUCGACACUCGUGUUCCGCCACAGGUCCAGUGGAAGUUUGACUACCUGGCACCAGAAUAUGCUCUCGAUUCACAACUCAGUCCGGCCAACGACCUGUACUCGCUCGGCUGUGUUCUUUACGCGGUGCACAUGGGCGGUCGUGCGCCAUUCAACAACCGGGGCUCUGCACAGAGUCUGCGCGAGAAUGCCGAGGGUCCUCUGAUGAGGAGAGAGUAUGCGCGUGGACAGCAGUGGGAGCGCUGCAGCAACGAGCUGAAAGACCUUCUGCCACGGCUAUUGACUCGUAACGCCAACGGCCGUAUCUCUCUCGCCUCGCUCGCAAACCACCCAUUCUUCUCGUCCCUCGCCAUCUCCACCCUCAACUUUCUCGACCCCACCACGUUCGCGUCCAAGCCUCGUGAAGAGAAGGCUACGUUUCUCCGUGGUCUUGUUCGUGUCCUGCCCAAUUUCUCCGAGCGUCUCAAAAAGGGCAAGAUCCUACUCAGUCUGCUCGAGGAGAUGAAGGACUCGUACCUGUUGCCCUUCCUCCUUCCCAACGUGUUCGAGAUCUCAAAGGGGCUGAGCAAGGAGGACUUUGCAAUUGUCCUGCCAAAGCUCCAGCCGCUGUUUGCCCUCAAGGACCCACCCCAGAACAUGCUUACUCUCCUCGACAAUUUGACCCUGUUAGAGGAGAAGACCACGCCCGCAGUGUUCCGCGAGAAUGUCAUGCCGCUCAUCUACAACUCGCUUGAAAGCGAGCACCUCCCUGUGCAGGAGCGUGCCCUCAAGGCAGUACCCCAUCUCUGCGACAUUCUGGACUAUGGGACGGUGCAGAACAUUCUGCUCGUCAAAGUGGCCAUCCUCUUCUCUCACACGCGCAUCUUGUCCGUAAAGGUGCAGACGCUCGAGUGUUUCCAUGCCAUGGUCUCGACACUUGAUGCGACCACCCUGACGACCAAGCUGGUUCCUCUUCUUGCCAAGAUCAAAACCAAGGAACCCGCUGUCAUGAUGGCCACUCUCGCCGUGCACGAGGCAAUGGGCGCCAAAGUCAGUCUCGAGGCGAUCGCCACACUUGUCCUGCCGCAGCUCUGGGUCAUGUCGAUGGGCCCCUUGCUAAACACGGACCAGUUUGGCCGGUUCAUGGCCGCCAUCAAGUCGCUGGGUGCGCGUGUCGAGAAGGAGCACAGCCAGCAUCUGCGUGAGGUUCGCAAGAUGGAGGAGCAGACGUCCAGUUUUGCCAACGGCGCCGAAUCGACCUUUGACUUUAACGCGGCUACCACUGGCGAGGUUGACUUUGAGGCUCUUGUCAAGGGCCAGUCCUCUGCUGCACCUGCGGCUCCUACGGCCGCUGCCGUCGACCCAUGGGACGAGGGAUGGGCUGAUAGCAGUGCCAACAUGGAUACGUCUUUGUCAUCGACCUUCCCUGGACUGAGCCUCGGCAACACGCCGUCGCCCUCUAACCCAAGCUCGGCGACGGUUUCGCCCCGCCCCGCCUCUGGCAAGCUGCACGCCAAGCCUGUCCCGGCCUCGUCGUUCAACUCGUCCGCGUUCGGCAUGGCCUCACCACCUGCCCCGUCCAGCCGGCAAGCAUCAUUUGGCUCGAUGAGCGCAAUGCAGCCGUCACCUAUGCAGUCGCCCAUGCAGUCCCCACCUCUCCAACCAUCCUUCUCGGGCGCCUCACUGCAGCCCUCCCACCGCCCCACACCUGCCACAGCACCAGCACCAGCUGCACCCUCCAACGGCCCCAACUACAGCCUCAACCUCCCCUCCCAGGCGCCAAAGGCCACCUCCCCGACGUUCGCGUCCUUUGCCCCUCUCCAACCAUCGCGUUCCCCCAGCUCGCCCACAGGCAUGGCGUCACCGCCCAUGAACCCCGGGUCAUUUGCAUCGUUCACGCCUUCCGCCAUCCCCGCACCAGCCUACCAGGCUCCGCCACCGCUGCAGCCCGUGCAGCCUGCCGCGCCGCUCCAGCCGGCCAUGGCAGCAGCCCCGCGCCCGCCUCCAGGCUGGGGCGGCACCGGCACGGGCCUCAUGCAGCCCUCCGUCGCGCCCAAGCCUGCAUGGGGAGCCGCACAGGCUGCGUCUGCUGACUGGGGCGACUUUGACCCGCUCAAGUGA